GUUCCCCAGCCUCCCCCCUUCCACAUUGCGCAAAGCCCCACCGCAGCUCCGAGGUUGUGCAGGGGCGGGGAAGUGCACAGACGCCAUGCUGCCCCCUCCUGCCACUGUCUCCUCCGUGGAUCUCAUGCCAGGGCCGGCUCCACGCUGACACCAGUCUGGUCCUCACUGGGGAGCGGGAGCUGGGAGAGGCCAGCAGCCCCGGGGGCCCCAGAGCGAAGAAGGAUGGGGACAGCGGACCAUGCGAGGUGCCCAGAAUGGGGUGGGGCGGCGGACCUGGCCAGUAGUUCCUGUUUGCUCUUCCUUCCAUGACAGCCAUCCCGCCGAUUCAAGAGCAUGACCGGCCCGAGGCCUCCGGAAGCUGAGCUCGAGGGCCAUUCCUUGCCUUACCACCUCCAGGACCAAGCAAGGGGCCAGCCGGGGUGAGGGAGGCAGUGGGAGCCGGCUGCUCGGAGCGCAGGGAGGGGGCCGGAGCUCACGGGAAGCCCACCUCACCUCCAACCCAGAGGAACUGGAGCAGAAGGGGAAGGAACUUGACCUCCAGGCCUGGGCCCCCAGGGCUGGCUGGAGGGCAGCGGAGGGGGAAGAGGAAGGCCUCUGGACUUCUGCCUGCCUUUUCCUGGAGCAGGCGCCAGUCCCCCACCAGCCAGCGUCAGGGACACAAGGACUCCUUCCCUUUCCACCCUGGAAAGCCCCCUCUCGGCCCCCACCCCCACCCUGGGCCUUGGGGCCUGGAGGAAGGAGGCCCGGAGCCCCCGAGGGCAGGCCCCUGACUGCACUCCAAGCUGGCAGGGACCCUGGGACUUCUGUGGACAUGUGUCCUGGGUGAGGAAAGAAGGCACGUGGCCUGCAGCCCACCCUGGGGCCAGGCCCAGGCUGGCCUCUGCCCUUUCUGGGCACAUGCCGUGGCCUGGUGUGGAUGGAGAAGGGCACAUGCUGUGGCCUGGUGUGGACACUCCCAGGACGGCGGGACAGUCCCCCUCUCUGGGAAUCUGGGUUCUGGGGCAAGGCAUACUAGAGGCGGCAGAGGUGAGGGGGGCAGCCCAGUGAGAGGCCAAGGGUGACGCUGCAGGCGCCUGGCAAAGAGCUGAGUACAGGGCAUCUGCGGGGCGAGGGUCCGGGAGCCGCGGAGCUGGGUAGGCGGGCGUUGGGCAGGGGAAGUGGGUGAUGGUACCGCAGGAGGGGGCCUCCCCGCGAAGUGCGCCCUGCUCUCGGGGCCUGGAUGGUGGGCAGUGACUGGGUUCCUGAUGGGGGGGCUCUUCUGGGAAGGGGCCACCUCUGCUCAGGACACCCCCCCCAACUAGCCCCAGGCCUCUUCAGGGGCCAGCGGGGGAGGGGGACCCGGUGUGGGGCUCUGGAUGGCACCCCUCCUCUAACCGCCCGGCCCCCAAGCCCACAGCCAGAGGGUUCGAGGAGAAACCCAGCAGUCGAGUGAGCCAGGAUGGUGGUUGAUGCCAAAGGUCACCCCCAGGGCGGGGGCAGGGCGGGGCGGGAGCAGGAAGAUGCCCCGGUUUCUCUCUUCUUGGGCAGAUGAAAGGAGAUUGCUUCCAGGUGGGGCUGAGCGCGGGGGCGCAGCUGUGAUUUCAGGGUGCCUCUGCUAGUGGCUGCUGUGAUUUGAGAUUCUCGGGUGGUUGGAACUGGGCCCCGCGGAUGAGUAACGACGGGUGCUGCCCCACUCAGAGGCAUCGGGCCUUGGGGACCCUGGCCGGAGCCGCCCUGCUCUCCACCCUAUGGGUCCUGUGGCAGCUCAGGUCGGCCCCUGGGGGCGUCCCUGCAGCCCCGCCCCCGCUCACCGUCCUCAUCUGGCACUGGCCCUUCGCCGACCAGCCCCCGGAGCUGCCCGGCAACACCUGCGUCCGCUACGGGGUGGCCCGCUGCCGCCUGAGCACCAACCGCAGCCUGCUGGCCAGCGCGGAUGUCGUGGUCUUCCACCACCGAGAGCUGCAGACAGGGUGGGCCCGCCUUCCGCUGGCGGAGCGGCCGCCUGGGCAGCCCUGGGUGUGGGCCUCCAUGGAGUCGCCCAGCCACACCCGCGGCCUCCGCCGCCUCGGGGGCAUCUUUAACUGGGUGCUCAGCUACCGGCGCGACUCGGACAUCUUCGUGCCCUAUGGCCGGCUGGAGCCUCUCGAGGGGCCCGCCCGGCCACUGCCGGCCAAGAGCCGGGUGGCCUCCUGGGUGGUCAGCAACUUCCAGGAGCGGCAGCGGCGCGUGCAGCUGUACCGGCAGCUGGCACCGCACCUGCAGGUGGACGUGUUCGGCCGUGCCAGCGGGCGGCCGCUGUGUGCCCACUGCCUGCUGCCCACCGUGGCCCGGUACCUCUUCUACCUGGCUUUCGAGAACUCGCAGCACCGAGACUACAUCACCGAGAAGUUCUGGCGCAACGCGCUGGCGGCCGGCACCGUCCCGGUGGUGCUGGGGCCCCCGCGGGCCACCUACGAGGCCUUCGCGCCCGCGGACGCCUUCGUGCACGUGGACGACUUCGGCACAGCGCAGGAGCUGGCCGCCUUCCUGGCGGGCAUGAACGCGAGCCGCUACCGCCACUACCUCGCCUGGCGAGACCGGCUCCGCGUGCGGCUGUUUGGGGACUGGCGAGAGCGCUUCUGUGCCAUCUGCGCCCACUACCCCCGCCUGCCCCGAGGCCAGGUCUACCAGGACCUCGAGGGCUGGUUCCAGGCCUGAGCCCUGGCUGCAGGAGGAGGCAGAGGAGGGUGGCUUGGGCGCUGGUGGUAUGGGUGGAAGGCAGGGUGUUGAAAUCAAACCACCGGGCAUCCGGCCCCGACACACAACCAUCAGGUUAAUCGGAGGCUGGGGUCAGAGACUAGAAAGCAGGGAUGUAGGAGGAGUGGGCUGAUCUGGGCAGGCUGCCUGGAGGAGGCUGGUGAGCAUUGGAGCAAGCAUUUGGGGGUGAAGGAUGAGAGCAGGGAGUUAGUGGGAGUGCAUGUUGCUAGUUGAUUAAAGAUGCAGGUUCCCAUGGCCUCCGAGGACCUCCCUCCCCACCGUGGUGAAAUGUCGGGUGAUUCAAGGCUGUCCCAGACACGGGCUGGGAGAGGCCAGAGGCCGGGCGCUGGGCCUGGGAGGCAUGCCCUCCUGCAGUCUGUGGGGGUCAAGACGGCGCCCCUGGACCUCCUCGGUAAGGGAUCGCUGGCCCCAGUGGUGCGGCCACAUCACCAUGCCCUCCAGGGUGCUGCAGCCACCGUGCGCGGACCUGUGGGGGGCCUGGGGACACCAGCAAGCACACCGGGUCCCUGGCUUUGGCACCCGCAAUCCACUCUGGGAGGGGCAGCCACCAAUAAAGGGAGGACAAGAACGCA